CAUUUAUUUGCUCAUAUUUAUUCAUUUAUUUACAUGCAUAGAAUCAGUGUUAAGGAAGUAAUUGUAUAGUCCUGUCAAGUAUUUCAGACUUCAAACAGGUGAAGUUCCAAAUGCUGUUGUGAACAGGUACUUUCAAAAAUAUGAAUUGCUUGAGAAGGUGAAUAUUCUUCAAAAAUGGUGCUGAGCAAUGCCAAAAGCAAAGAACCAGAACUAUAAGAGAUCAUUAUGGAAGAGAACUGGUUUAUCUACACCGCGAAAGAUGUCUUCAGGAGGAUAUCUCAUGAGCAGUGGUUGCUCCUCACCCUGUGAUGUGACCUGCCCAGAGCCAUGUGCCAGCGCCUGGAACAGCCAGCCCUGCGUUGCCUCCUGUGGGGACUCCCGUGCCGUGGUCUAUGCACCACCCGUGGUCAUCACCUUCCCAGGCCCCAUCCUCAGCUCCUGCCCUCAGGAGAGCAUCGUGGGCUCCUCCUUCCCAUCUUCCAUUGGGGGCUUUUCAGGGGGAAUGGGCCCUAUUGAAUCAGGGGGCUCCUAUGGUGCUGGGGGCUCAUAUGGAGGAAGCAGUUCAUUAGGUGGUUCCUAUGGUGGUGGCAGUUCCUUUGGCAUGGGGGGCUCGUAUGGAGGGGGUAGCUCAUUUGGCUCGGGGGGCUCCUAUGGAGGAAGCAGGUCAUUUGGCAGAGGUGGAAGAUCCUUUGGCUCCAGCUCCUAUGGUGGGGGCUUCGGGGGCUCCUGUGGAGGAGGCAGCUCCUAUGGUGGGGGCUCCUUUGGAGGUGGCCGUUCCUUUGGUGGGGGCAGCUGCCGGAGCGGUGGGAGCUACAGGAGGUUUGGUGGGGGAAGCUGUGGCUCUGGUUACUUCUGAAGGGGCAGUGUGUCCCAUUGCAGCAGCCAUGGGCUGUGCAAACCUCACAAGAGACCCUGCAACCUGGUGAUGUCCAAGUGAUCGACUGUGCUGGCACGUGUGGAGCUGCUUCCAAGAGCCCUGCGUGACUGUCUUCACCAAAUGUACCCUGUGCUUCCCUCUCAUUAAAACUUUGUUGCAUCACUAA